AUGGCGAGGUUAUCGAGAGUCAAACAGAAGGUAGCCCCAAUAUACAUCGCCCGAGAUGAAGAUUUGGACGGCGGGAGAGACAACGACGACACCCCAACCUCGAGUCGAUUCACAACGUCAAAUCUGUUAGCCUCGAAGUCAACCUCAACGAAAGCGGCGAGUACCACAGCUUCCGCAGUGCAAAGCACAACGAGACCAUCACAAACAACUGUUGUCACAUCGAUAGUAUCAGGGCAACAGACAGCCAACGUCUCAAUCCAAUCCGUUACAGCGACCCAAACUGUGUUCGUGACUUCUUCUCUAGCUCCUCAGACAAUCACCGUUGUUGCAGGACAAUCAAGAAUCUCAAUUGCUGUCUCAAGCUUCACAACCUCAAUCUCUGGGUCAGCACAGAGCGAUACCGCCGCUUUAACAUCUAGUUCAAAGACGGAUAAGGUUAUAGUAGGAUAUGGAACCAUUGUUCUUGUUGUUUUGGGCGUCUUGGCAGCAAUAGCAGUACUAGGAGCAGCUGCAUUUGCAGUUCGGCAGAGAAGAAGAAAAAAGGACUUUGUGAGAAGUGAGUAA